AUGAGCAAUCGCAUCAGCGUUCUUCUUCAAUUCUGCGUAAAUCUCCUUCAUUCGUGUGUUGUCUGCCAUGGAGCGGCAGGGCAAGGGAAAACCACCAUUGCCUGGCAACUGUUCAAGGACGAAAAGGUGAUUUGGCCUGCGCGUGACCGUGCAUGGGUCAAAGUGUCUAAGUCAUACACCGUGGAGAAAAUAUUGAGGGACCUGUUGCAGAAAUUCGGCGCCCAACCAAACACUGCUGCCGAACCAAACACUGAUUCAUUGAAAACUGCAGUGCGGGAGUGCUUGCGAGAUAAGAGGUACGUUGUGUUCUUUGAUGAUGUCUGGAACAGGAACUUUUGGGAUGACUUUGAGCAUGUUUUAAUUGAUGAUAAAAAAGGAAGUAGGGUGUUCAUCACAACAACGGAUGGUGAUGUUAUAAAUAAGUGCAAGAGAUCUUCUAUUAUUAAAAAGCAUGAGCUGCAACCUUUAACUGAAAAUAAAUCUCGAGAGCUUUUUUAUAAGAAGGCAUUCUCUCAUUUGGGUGGAGAAUGUCCCCCAAAUCUUGAGGAUAUAUCUUCUGAAAUUGUUGAAAAAUGCAAUGGUUUACCAUUAGCAAUUGUAGCCAUCGGGGGUGUUUUAGCUACCAGAGAGGAAGAUCCAUUUGUUUGGAGCGAUUUUAGUAAAUAUCUAAGUUCAGAACUGGAGAAGGAUCCAAGUUUAACUGCUCUACAGAAGAUUAUGGGGGUUAGUUAUGAUAAUUUGCCUGCCUAUCUCAAACCUUGCUUAUUGUAUUUUGGUAUGUAUCCUGAAGACUAUGAAGUUCAAGGAGAAAGAUUGACUAGGCAAUGGAUAGCUGAGGGGUUUAUCGAGAAGAAAAGAGGAAAAUCAAUGGAGAAAGUGGCAAAAGAGUAUUUAACAGAAUUGAGGCGUAGAAAUGUAGUGCAAGUUGUUGGUGAUUUAACGUGGGAAAGUUAUCAAGUUCAUGACGUGUUGCGUGACCUGAUCCUUAAAAAAUCUAUGGAUUUAGGUUUCGGCCAACAAUUUAUUUCUGAAGUAGAUGAUGAUGAUGAGUCAACCACCUCAAGUGUGAAAAGUCGACGUUUAUCAACAACAACUUAUUCCAAUGAUUUCAUGUCAAGUCCUAAUGACCCAAACAUCCGCUCAUUGCUUUUUUUCAUUGAGGGAAAUGCUCUUGCUGAACUCUUGAGCACAAUCCCUGAGAAAUUCAAGCGAUUGAAGGUACUUGAUUUUGAAGAUGUAAGAUGUCAAUAUGAUGCUCCUGAGGAUUUGAUGACUCUAAUCCAUUUGAGGUAUUUGAGCUUCAAAAAUACAGGAUUGAAGAAUCUUCCAGAAUCCAUUGACAAUCUUAUAUUCCUGGAGACCUUGGAUCUAAGGUUCACAAAAGUGAAAGUGCUGCCAAAGGGAAUCGGAAAGCUUACAAAGCUUCUGCAUCUUCUGGUUGAAACGGGCGAGUUUGCUGCAGACGAGGAUAUUGGAGGCCUGACAUCACUACAAACUCUAAGGGGUGUGACCUUACGUGUUGAUGGAGCACUAGAGCAACUUAAACAGCUAGAAAAGCUGGUGAAAUUAAGAGUUUUGAGACUGUCGAAGGUUAUGAACCAACAUAAAGAAGCUUUAUAUUCCUUAUUAAAUGCAUUGAAACAACACUUGGAGGAGCUGCAUAUUGCAACAAUUCCUGGUCAUGAUGAUGCAUUGAUAUUUGAUUCGCAUUUUCCAGACAUACCUAUGCUUGGAACACUUGUUCUUGGUGGGAUAACAUUUGAUUCGUUGAGUUCAGGAUGUAAAAAUCUUGGUCAGUUGGUCAUGAAGAAGGGCUCGCUAGCUGGUGGUGCAUUCAAAUCAAUCGAAGACUUGAAAAACCUGUCGACUCUCCGUUUAUUUGACACGAAUGCCGGUAGCACUUUGCAUGUUCAUGAUAAAGGGUUCCCGAAUCUAAAGCAUCUAGAACUUUCAGAACUUCCUCAGUUAAAUAUCUUCCGUAUUGAUGAAGGAGCACUGCCUUCUCUGCAAACUCUCAGCUUAGAUUGCAUCUUCACAGAGGUACCGAGCUUCCAACACCUAAAGAAACUUAAACGCCUUGAGGUGUUUAAUUCGUUUGAAUUUGAGGAUGUGAAAAUCAUCGAGCAUGUGCCCCUUGUACAAGUUUAUGAUCAUGAGUCAGAAUUAACUCAUUAUUUCGAGUACGGAAAAAAAGGUAUUGGGCUUCAACUUCAGUGAAGCUCCUUGGAGUUGUUGAUAUUGUUCACCACACCCAGACCUCUAAUGGAGUUGUUGUUUGUGUGUUUUGUUUUUAUGCUUGAAUUAAUUAUUUCCUGCUGCAUAGUUGUGGAUUGCUGGUUUCACUUGGCCUAUUGUCUUGCCUUCUAUUUUAAUGUGGCGCCUUGCAUAGUGGUUUCAAAAUCCUGGUGCUGUUGUUUCUCUCCUUGGCUACUGUUGUUUCAAAAUCUUGAUUUGGGUUUUGUUGCUGUGGGACUGACUUAGCAUGGCGAUUGGCGAAUUAUGGAGCUUGGCGUUUUCAGUUCUGCUUCAUUAUUAUUGAAUGGUGCUUGGGGUUGUUUCAAGUACGGGGAAGUUGCUCAACUUCAUUUGCAGACUAAUUGUUCCUUCACCAUAUUUGUGAUCUACAAGUCACGUUUGAACAUUCAUAGGGUGCUGUUGUGCUCUUUUUAUUGUGCUUUUCUUUCCCUCUGUAUUGCUUAAUUGUUCUUCUUGCCUUGUUUUGGGUUUGUUUUGGUGUUGAGUACUUUUUUUCCUUUUCUAGGGUUUUUCCCAUUGGGUUUUACCUAGGAAGAUUUUAAUGAGGCUCUUUCUAAAGCGGGUGUCUUUUAAGAUAAGUGAUUUCUUUACCCUUUCAUGAGGGGCGUUCUCA